GAUUAGAUGGUGGAUUGUACGCAGUAAGGAAGGCGUAAAAAUCGUCAAUGUUGCGAGCUUUUGUUUUCAGCUCGAAAAUCCUUGAGACUUUGAGAGGAGGAGAAGACAGCAACUGGAUCUAUACAACCCAAAGCCCGGGGUUCGAUUAUACCCAUUUACCAUUUAUGAUAUAUUUCCUCUUCUUUCCCCUCGCCAAAUUCUGUACUGAAACGAAGAUCACAACCAUGAAUCACUUCGACAUUAGGGUUUUCUUUAUAUUUUUCCUUUUCAUCAGCCGCUCCACUUUCUCUCUCGACGAUGACUCCAAUAAUAAAUUCCGUCAACGAAAGGCCACCGACGACGAGCUUGGUUAUCCCGAACUGGAUGAGGAUGCGUUGUUGAAUACACAGUGCCCUAAGAAUUUAGAACUUAGAUGGCAAAUGGAGGUCAGCUCCAGCAUUUAUGCAACUCCCUUAAUCGCCGAUAUCAAUAGUGAUGGGAAGCUUGACAUAGUGGUUCCCUCAUUUCUUCACUACCUUGAAGUUUUAGAAGGUUCUGAUGGCGAUAAAAUGCCAGGUUGGCCUGCUUUUCACCAGUCAACCGUGCAUUCUAGUCCUCUCUUGUAUGAUAUUGAUAAAGAUGGUGUGAGGGAAAUCGUUUUAGCCACCUACAAUGGUGAAGUGCUUUUUUUCAGGGCUUCAGGGUACUUGAUGACUGAUAAAUUGGAGGUACCACGUAGAAAAGUUCGUAAAGAUUGGUACGUGGGCUUGCAUCCUGAUCCAGUGGACCGUUCUCAUCCAGAUGUCCAUGAUGAUUCACUCAUCGAGGAGGCUUCUAAAAUAAAUGCUAUGAAUCAAACAAAUGAAAGUAUACCUAAAUCUAACCUUACUGGUUCAACAACUAUAGCAAAUCACUCUAGCGAAGUUAACUUGUCCAAGGCAGAAAAUGAAACGAAAAUGAGUGGAAGUCAAAUAGAAGAUACCAUCAAGCUGCCUACUGGUGUUAAUGCUUCUGUAAACAGUGGAUCAGUGGGAAGCAAUGAAACACGUACAAAAACAAGUUCUAGGAGACGGCUUCUAGAAGAUAAGACCUCAAAAGAUUCCCAGGAAGGUAGCUCUGAUUCGAAAGAGAAUGCUCAGGAAGCUACUGUGGAAAAUGAUAAAGGGUUAGAAGCAGAUGCAGAUCAAUCUUUUGAGUUAUUCCGUGAUACUGAUGAAUUGGCUGAUGAAUAUAAUUAUGAUUAUGAUGAUUAUGUCGAUGAAUCCAUGUGGGGAGAUGAGGAAUGGACUGAAGGACAACAUGAGAAAUUGGAGGAUUAUGUGAAUAUUGACUCACACAUCUUGUCCACUCCAGUCAUAGCAGACAUCGAUAACGAUGGGGUAUCAGAAAUGAUUGUUUCUGUUUCCUACUUUUUUGAUCACGAGUACUAUGACAACCCUGAACAUAUGAAGGAACUUGGAGGUAUCGAUAUUGGAAAAUAUGUCGCCGGAGGCAUUGUUAUAUUCAAUCUUGAUACAAAGCAGGUUAAGUGGGCAAAAGACUUGGAUUUGAGUACAGAUACGGCCAACUUCCGUGCACAUAUAUAUUCUUCACCAAAUGUUGUUGAUUUGGAUGGUGAUGGAAACUUGGACAUCCUUGUGGGAACUUCAUAUGGCUUAUUCUAUGUAUUGGAUCACCAUGGAAAUGUCAGACAAAAGUUUCCUCUUGAAAUGGCGGAAAUUCAGAGUACUUUAAUUGCAGCUGAUAUCAAUGAUGAUGGCAAGAUUGAACUAGUGACAACAGAUACACAUGGGAAUGUUGCGGCAUGGACUGCACAAGGAGAAGAAAUUUGGGAAGCUCAUGUAAAGAGUCUGAUUCCCCAGGGUCCUGCUGUUGGCGAUGUUGAUGGAGAUGGACACACAGAUCUUGUUGUUCCCACAUUAUCUGGGAAUAUUUAUGUUUUGAGUGGAAAGGAUGGUUCAGUGGUUCGUCCAUAUCCAUAUAGAACUCACGGGAGAGUUAUGAAUCAAGUUCUUCUAGUUGAUUUAAGUAAACGAGGGGAGAAAAGCAAGGGGCUCACUAUCGUGACAACAUCAUUUGAUGGUUAUUUGUACCUGAUAGAUGGACCUACAUCAUGUGCUGAUGUUGUAGAUAUUGGUGAAACUUCAUAUAGCAUGGUGUUAGCUGACAAUGUUGAUGGUGGUGAUGAUCUAGAUCUUAUCGUUACAACUAUGAAUGGAAAUGUGUUUUGCUUUUCAACCCCCGCCCCACAUCAUCCCCUCAAGGCAUGGAGAUCAAAUAAUCAAGGAAGAAACAAUGUUGCUAACAGGUACAACCGUGAGGGAGUUUAUGUCACUCAUUCAUCCCGAGCUUUCCGUGAUGAGGAGGGCAAAAACUUUUGGGUGGAGAUUGAGAUUGUGGAUAAACAUAGAUAUCCUACUGGGUCCCAAGCACCUUACAAUGUCACAACAACAUUAUUAGUCCCGGGUAAUUACCAGGGAGAAAGAAGGAUAAAGCAAAGCCAGAUCUUUGAGCAUCCAGGAAAAUAUCGGAUUAAACUUCCAACGGUAGGGGUUAGGACUACAGGGACUGUUGUCGUGGAGAUGGUUGACAAGAAUGGACUCUAUUUCUCAGAUGACUUCUCCCUCACUUUCCACAUGUAUUACUUCAAACUUCUGAAGUGGCUUCUCGUCAUCCCAAUGCUUGGGAUGUUUGGUGUGCUUGUCAUCCUUCGUCCACAGGAGGCCAGGCCUUUGCCAUCAUUCUCCCGAAACACCGACUUGUGACCGCUGCCCCAUAAUGGAUCUCAACACAUUCUAUAGUUUACGUUACUUAAAUCAAGGCCACUGACCCAAGAUGUCUUUAAGUCUGUUAAAACGAGAGAAGACAGACUAGCUCAAAUUUGCUAUUUUGUUGCAUAUACAGUGUUGGCCUUUAUAACAUUAUGAUCAAGUAUGUGAAAAAUUGUAGAAUUGUUGUCAAAUUUGAAUCACUUUUGAGAUGAGAUAGUUAAUUUUGA